AUUCAGAAUCCAGUCGCUUGGGCCCGUCCGAUAAACAAUGGCGCCUAACAGACCGCUUCCAGCUCAGCACAACCCUCUGCUGAUUGAGGAUGUGCCCGCCCGUAAGGACUCUUGCCGCCCCCUUGCCGCUCAAUCCCGACCGUGCCACUGACCUGUCGCUUCUCUUGUAGAUGCCGAGCUUGCCGCUCGUCGCCGGCUUGGACAGACCCAGCUCACUCCGCGUAUGAUCGCGUCUGUGCCGGGCCUCGAACCGGAUUCGCCGGCUCUCGGCGCCUUCGACUACGCGCACCUGCGAGCCCCGUUGCCCAAGGGUAUCGUGUCGGGGAUUUUCAAGUCUUCGCCACCCAGCUACUUCCUCAUGCGCCGCAGCCAGGAUGGCUUCGUUUCCGCUACCGGCAUGUUCAAGGCUACCUUCCCGUAUGCGGCCCAAGAGGAAGAGGAGGCUGAGCGCAAAUACAUGAAAUCGCUCCCGACGACGAGCCGCGACGAGACCGCCGGCAACGUCUGGAUUCCCCCAGAGCAGGCCCUGUUCCUGGCUGAGGAAUACCAGAUUAUUCCGUGGAUCCGCGCGCUGCUCGACCCGUCCGACAUCACCAUCACUCCCCCGGCCGACAGCAGCCCGCCUAAGAAGAUUGCGCCGCCCCCCAAGUAUGUCUUCGCCGCACAGCCAGGUCUCGCCCCUCCGACGCCGAGCGCCUCCAGGCGAAGCCGCCGCUCGGUUAGCCCGACUAAGUCGACGGGCAGCAGCCGGCGCGCCAUCGCCAGCCCACGGAAGCGACGGGUCGCCUCGUCCCAGUCCUCCAUCACAACCGAAACACCACUAACCAGCGCCAAGGAAUCGGUGUCUCCGUCCAUCAACGGAGAAACUCCGUCCUUGAUCCCAGUUCCGGUUCUUACUGCAAGCACAGUAACCAAGCUAGAGCAGGCGGACGAGGGCGACAUCAAGAUUGAGUCUUUCGAGAAAGAGCCCGCGGUCGUCCUGGCGCCCGUAGAAGAGGAGCCUAAGAUCAAGGUCCAGAUCGACGAAGAUGUGAAGCUAGACGAGCACGGCGAUGAGGUGAAGCACACCAAGGUAGAGGUCGAGGUUCCUCUUCUCGGGGAGCCACCCUCUGCCGAGGACUCUGCCAAGAUUGUCGCCGAGGCCAAGGCCAUGGUCGAAGCAGCUACCAAGGCACUAGCGGACCCGGUCCCGACUCCGGAUGCCACUCCAGCAGGUCCGAGCAACAAGAACAAGCGGAAAGCCGACGAGAUCGCCGAGGACGAGGGUAAAGACAAGGACCAGAGCACAGAAGAGCCCCGACAGGCAAAGAAGGUAAAAACUGACGCGGAACUGAAGAAGGAUAAGGUCCGGAAGCGUGCCGCUCUGGGACUUACCGCCACCAUUACUGUGGGAGCUGCGGGGGUAGCUAUUAGUCAAUUUUGGCCAGUGCUCACAUCGUUUGUGACGAACGUACUAUGAACCGACUCUUGAGUCUGUUUGUGGAACAACCACUACACCUCAGGACGUUUGACGUUUUGUCGGUAGUUCUUAGCUGAGGCUUGUUUUUUGUAUGUGAGAGUGCGCUGGUUUUGUGUCGUUUGACCUUCGGGAGAGCAGUAGUUGACAGUCCGCUCUUUGCAAAUAACCGCCUCCGACACAACGCUUUACCACCAAAUAUUUCAAGGGUUUACCGAAGGCAG